AUGCCCGCGUUCCACCCACGGCAACUGGUCAACGGGCUCCACCUAGCACCGCGGACACAGAUACCGUUUGCACCAUCGACGGUCGCGUUUCAUGCCCAGCAGGAGGAUUUGAACACGCAUGGAGUAUCCACGCCGCAUCCCGGACAACUGAUUGAUGGACAACACACCGCGUCCGCGUCCGUGCCCACAAGCCAGCUCUUUGGGAUGCCCGUGCGUGGCUUUGUAGGGCCGCAAUACGCGAACGUGGGAUUCAGGUAUGGGUACAUUGGCGUUCAGCCAGACCCCAUGCUGCACGUGCCCGUAUCUGUCGCGACGCCUCCAGACGCGCCGUCAACCCCAUUCCCCAGCGCGAUUCAGCCGGAAAUCCAGGCAACGGUGCAAGCCCCGCGGGACCGCAUAGAACCUUUAAUGAUGGGUGUGGACACACAGGCGCGAGCAGACGGCCCAUCAGCGAUCACGGUUCUAGAUGGUUCAGGGCGUGCGGAGAAUGGUGGAGCGGGAAUAAAUGCAAGCGCGCGUGCAUUUUCGCCGCCGAUCUGGAACGUGAACUCGCUGUUGCCGGGAAACCCGGACGUCCACAUCUGCACCCCCGCGCAACCGACUGCAGCGGGUGCGACCGGUAGAGAUGGGCAACCACAGGAGAACGCGGGGAACGCGGGGCAUGGUGCGGGUGCAAGAGGGAACGCUGAAAGAGGAAGAGGGACUGGAGCGAGAUGGGACGCGGGAAGAGGGACUGGUGCGAGAGGGACCGCGGGAAGAGGGAGAAGUGCGAGACGGGACGCGGGAAGAGGGACGAGUGAGAGAGGGAACGCGGCUAGAGGGAGAUGUGCGAGAGGACGGGGUGGGAGAGCGAGCGCGGGACGGGGGACCGGUUUAGAAGGGAACGGGGGUGGUGCGAACGGAGGGGAAGCGCCUGAGGGAACAGGUAACGGCGGCAGAGGUAACGGUAACAACGCGAACGGAAAUACCGGGCACGGGCCAGUUAAUAGACCGCGUAUAAGGAGGAGGCGAGUCGAUGUUGUGCCGGACAACGCACGCAACGGAUCCGGGGAGGGGAGCGAGGGGGCAAGCGAUGACGAUGACGAGGAAGACGAUGAGAAUGCGGAUGUCAGUUGGAAUGACGAUGACGAGAACUACCUAUCUAACUCUAUGUCCGCGCUCAAUGAGGAUGAAGCUGAAGACAAUGAACGAGUGCGGGGUACGCGAACGGACAGCGAGGUUCCUAUCACGGAUUGGAACAGGCUCGGUGUGGACGACACACCGGCAGCCAAACGGGAGAUGUGCAUGGGUAUCCUCUACGGUGUCUCUGAGGCCACGCUGAAAAAGUAUCGCGGUUGGGCCAGCGAAUACAAGCGGUUGGGCCACGAGCUGCCGAAACUGGACGCCGGGAGGUUCGGGGAGGAGGCCGCGUUAAGAGACGGGAACCCCGACGAAAUCGGGGCCGCGCUCAAACAGAGCAUGGGUGGUAGUUGGAAGAUGGCGAGGGGCGACGAGCAAUGGUUCCACGGCCCAGAGACGAAUCCGUGGCGGCUAAGGAAAUACGUGACAUUCCUGGCGAACGAGACGGUCGCACAGGCGGACAGGAUGGCAACACUGAAGCGGCCCGACAAGACAUUGAAGAAGAGACGUCAGUGCACCCCUGCAAUGCUGAUGGGGCGUCUCAAGGCUCUGAACAUGCUCAUCAAGCUGGAUGGGGCCAUCUUCAGGAAACCCAUCCUCAACCUGCUGCGCGACUUUGCGGAGUGUCACAUAUGGGUCCGCGUUCAAGUACGCGACCAGUACAAGCGGUUUAUAGCGUAA